UCCUGUAAAUCAGCCUUUCAGACACUCACAGUACAGACACACGACUUGAACGAUAUCUAUUCACCAUGGCAGCCAAAAUAAUGACUGUCGAGCCAUCGCUCGCGAGCAGCUACAGCUCGCGCUCCCACAGCCGACCAUCGCGACGAGCAGCCGACCUGAUUGAACGACUGAACGACCUCGAACACGAAAAGCGAUCAAGACGACACUCGCACGCUGGUUCUCUGGUUCUCGCUCGUCCCGGCGCCGAUCGAUCUGUAGAUGACAUCAACAACGAGAUUCGCGCUCUCGAAGCCGAGAAGCAAGCCUACCGAUACGAAUCCCGAGCGAGCGAAGAGCGCGAUCUUGCAUACAAAUUUCGAGAACGAGCAUCGAGCGAAUCUCCUCGAUCACGAUACGGCAGCGAAAGAGAUCUCAUCAUUGAAGAGGACUUCCGUCGUCUGCCAGCGAAAGAGUACGUCCAUGAAGAAUAUCGACGAGAGAGGAGUAGACCUCCUGAGGAAUUGGUCUUGUACGAUCGUGAACGGUAUGGGCCAAGAGAAGUUGUCUAUGAGCGAGCGAGAAGCCCUCAGCGCAAUGUGGUGCGCGUGCAAAAGGAUAGGAAGGGACGAUUAAGUCUGGUUAGAAGUUCGCGUUGAAACAUACUGUGCGGCAAAGCAAAGAGGAACGACAGGUAACACAUUGGCUGCUGGGACGGAUGUGAAUAAGAGAUGUCAGUCCUUUCAGGAGACGAAGAGCGCGGAGCAAUUGAGCGGACAGUAGUAAUACUGCUCCAACGACUUGACGAAUUCAACGACGAUUAUAUGCCCAUGCACUCACCAGACCUGGCAACGCUUGCCCAACACCAGUCUCCUUCCAUUCGAGCUCCGCGCACAACGCUUCUCGGUUUACCCACUUCUACACGACUUCGCGAGGCACACAUUGCCAU